UUCAGACCCAGCAACGGCGGCUGGUUGCUUAGCAACGCCGAAGAAGCCGUCCUAGGAGCAGGUGUGAUGGCGGUGCCCAGCGGUCUGGUGCCCUCCCGCUUCCUGACGCUGACAGCCCAUCUCGCCAUCGUCAUCACCAUCUUCUGGUCACGGGAGAAUAAUGUCCUGGCCUGUCUGCCGCUGGAUUACACUCCGGACCAGUUCAAGGCCGCGGAUACAGAGUUGAUCGUGGCGCUGUCGGUGACGUUGGGGAUGUUCGUCAUUGAGUUUGCCGGAUUCUUCUCCGGGGUUUCCAUGUUCAGUAACGCGCAGAGCCUCCUGUCCCUGGCCGCGCACUGCUCCGCAUCGGUCAGCCUGGCCCUGUUUGUCACCCAGAAGUGGGAGUGCACCUCCUAUUGGUAUAUCUUUGGUUUCUGCAGUGCGCUCCCGGCCUUCACAGAGAUCAUCAUCUUCAUCGCUGUGUUCGGACUGAAGCAGAAGCCCCUGUGAUGUCAGCCCCGUACACGCGUAAAGACGGACAAUCACCUGUGGCGCCAUUUAUAGACGCGACCGUCUCCUCCGGCUGCUGAAAAUGAUCUAAAGCCGGCGGUGACACCUAGUGGAGUGUGAGGGAACUUCACCCUGUUAGAUAAGGUCCAGUUAUGGAGGAACAUGUCACUUAAAGGGGUAUUCUGGUUUCGUAACGUUAUUCCCUUAUCCACAGGAUAGGGGAUAACUAUCAGAUCAAGAGAUUGGGGGCCCCGUGCCCCGUGGAGCCCCCGAAACAGCCGCUCCAUUCAUCUCUAUGGCAGUUGUAGCUUGGCUAGUGCUGCACUCCCAUAGAAAUGAUUGGAAUGCGCUGCUCGACCGGCCACUCCAUUCAUAUCGGGGGGAGGGGGCUCAGCGGGGUUCGGGACCCCACCGAUCUAAUAGCUAUAACUUUACAUAACUCAGGUGUAGAUCAGGGAUCCUGACCUCCCCUGUAAUAGAAGCAAAUGACAUGGUUAUAUGGAGGACCCCAGACCUAGCUGGUCACGGGACCCUCCACAAUCACCUGCGGAUACAGACCACCCAUCGAAAGCUGCUAGGUCUUCCUGGUUGCUGUUUAUGGCGGCCCACCAUCUUGACACACACCUUAAAGGGCGUAACCAGACUUCCCCUUUAAGUGACGUGUUCCUUCAUGAGUAGUCCCUGGACAUUUACCAUUAGAGACUGUCCGCCGAGGUAUGAGGCACCAAGCAGGCGCCCCCGUAAUAUUACACUACCCGAAAGCUGGGUCUGAUGUGUCGGGGGAAAUCCUGACUUUGCGAGGGUGGAACAAGCUCGGUUCUUAAACUAUAGCUUGGAAAUCAGUGGAGUGCUGCUGUGGGGCAACUACAACUUCCAGCAUGUUCCCACUGCCGCAUGCUGGGAGUUGCAGUCUCACAGUUGGAGGUGGCUGCUGUAGGUUGAAGCUAGGCCUCUACUGUGCAGAUGUCUCCAGGGCGGACAUGGCGUUCACAGGGCUAAGAUUUACACCGUUUUCUACUUUUUCUAUGCAACAUGUUGCUUGUACUUUUUUUUUUUUUGUAUAUUUUUGCUACUGAUGACAUAAAUCACUGGGGUUUUACUAUAUUUUCUUA